AUGAAAUCUUUUCAAGGUUUCCCUGUAGAUGAAGUGCUAGAAAUCCUGGAGGAAACGAUCAAAGUAACAAUCAAUUCCCAAUUAACAGAUCAGGGAUUGAUUGAAGCAAAAUUUCAGCUGGCUAAUACAAAUCAUGAUGGACGAAUUUCAUUUGAUGAAUUUAUGAGCACGAUAAAAGAAUCAGCAAUUAUAUUGCUGCGCUUCCUGACAUCACUUGAAUGUUUGUGCAGGAAAAAUAAUCCAUGGCAUUUGGAAAAGGAUGAAAGGAUGAGUAAAGGUGAUAGCGGUGGUGGUCUGAUGGUGCAACUUCAUAACAGACAUUUCGGUGUAGCAUCAUACGGUAGCUCCUGUAAUAAAUUAUUGGAAAAGACAGCGCAACCUUUAGCUCAACGAUAUCUUUUCAUGGGUGAUUAUGUUGAUCGUGGUUCAAAUAGUUUGGAAGUAAUAUGCUUGUUAUUACUUUUAAAAAUUCGUUUUCAGACAAAAAUUUUCCUCCUACGAGGAAAUCAUGCAUGCUCACUCAUAAAUCAAGCUUAUGGUUUUCGGGAUGAAUUAGAAAAAAAAUCUACCGACCGCAUGUGCCCGAAAUAUUAA